AUGAAGGAGGUCACACGAAAGAUGAUGACCGACGUGGCCGUCUUCGCCAUGAGCCAGGUUGCUUUCUACUACGCAUUCAAAUAUGUCAUGUCCUCUCUCGAUCCAAAUCGACAGAAGCGACAGGACUCGAAAAAGGUUGCCGACGCCAAGCUGGGCAAGCUCGGGUUACGCGGCAAGGACCUCCAGCUCAACGAAUACGAGGAGCAGAUCUCUGCCGAGCUCAUCCUCCCCGAAGACAUCCCUGUCGACUUUGCAUCCGUCGGAGGCCUGGACGGAAUCAUUUCUUCAUUGCAAGAGAGCGUCAUUGCGCCACUGUGCUACCCGGAGCUCUUUGCCAACGCGAGCGGUCUGCUGGGAGCACCCAAGGGUGUGCUGUUGUAUGGACCACCAGGAACGGGCAAGACGAUGCUGGCUAAGGCUCUAGCAAAGGAGAGCGGCGCCACUUUUAUCAACAUGCACGUAUCCACUCUCACUAACAAAUGGUUCGGCGAGUCCAACAAGCUGGUAGCCGGCUUGUUCAGCUUGGCGCGCAAGCUCCAGCCUUCCAUCAUCUUCAUCGACGAGAUCGACAGCUUCCUCCGCGAGCGUGCCUCGGGGGACCACGAGGUGACCGGCAUGAUGAAGGCCGAAUUCAUGACCAUGUGGGAUGGCUUGACCUCCUCCACCGAUCGCAUCAUGGUGCUGGGUGCCACUAAUCGACCCAACGACAUUGACUCGGCCAUCCUUCGUCGACUGCCCAAGCGCUAUGCAGUCUCGCUGCCCAACGCAGUGCAGCGUGAAAAGAUCCUCUCUCUCAUGCUGGCAGCUACACCCCUCGACUCCAACUUCAAGAUGGCCGAGCUGGUCAAGCGCACCGAAGGAUACAGCGGCAGCGACCUCAAAGAGCUUUGCCGGAACGCAGCUAUGAGGCCCGUGCGCGAGUUCCUGCGCAGCAAGCAAGGUAGAGAGUCGGUGGCCGAAAGGAGACGUCUCGCAGCGGCGGGUGUAAGUCUGAAUGGAAAGGCGAGCAGCGACGCUACACCCAACGGCACCCUUACCCCUUCUGAAGGUGACGUGGUAGCACCGGCUUCGCCUGCAUCCAAGAUCGAAUCGAGACCCCUCCGGAACUCGGACUUUUUCGUGAUUGACUCUGCGGCGACGCCGGUGAACGGAUCAAGAUCAACGCCCAUGGCAGUCGAUGAAGAGCCCUUGGAUUGA